CGGUUUGUAAUAAUAAUGUGGGCUCCCCGUUCGUCUGUCGGUGGAUGACCACAUCAUACGCUGAAGUGUCUGUCACUACCUGUGGCUGUGGGAGGGCUGGUGAUAGCUGUCUGAAGCAGUGAUGGCGAUGCCACGUUGAAUCGUAUGAAGACCAGUCGACAGUUUACGAUCUAUCAUGCAGCUCCGGAGCUCCGUGCACAUGCUACUACUAAAUCGGGUCGGGCGACCAGCGAUCAAAUAAUCAGGCUAGCAUGCAGUCUGAAGGCUAUAAGUAUAACGAACAAUGAAAACAGUUUUUCCAUGAACACUCUGAUUUAAAUAGUCGGACGGACGGAAUUAUUUCGCGGUGAUUAGAAAACACGGCGGACAAGGAAAGGACGGAACAACUCGCUGGGAUCCGGACUAGCGCACGUGUUUGCGUGGAGCAACGACAAUGGCAACGACUGGGCACUACACACUGGUCCUGCUAGCUGUUGUUGUAUGUGCUGCUACAGCCGCAGUGCCCAAGGCAGCCAAACUGACUGAUACGCGAUAUGAAGUCAAGAGUACGUAUGAUGAGCUGUAUGAGGAUGGGAAGCUGGCGUAUAGCAAGCAAGAGUGGACAAAGGUGGUUGAAGUGCUGGAGAAAGCCCUGACGGACUACAAGGCAGAAAGGAGUGGAAUGGCAUUGUGUUACGGCGAGUGUAAGACGGACAAAUCCACUCCGCUGCUGGGAGAUACUAGCAGCGAGCAGGAGGUCAUCCGCCAUCUAGCCGCGCAGGCUGUGUGCGUGGAGGCAUGCAAGCGCCGCAGGAUGGGCCUGCGCGGCCCAGUGAGCAAGACCGUGAGAGAGCAGUUCAAUGCUGCAUAUCCAUUUCACUAUCUUCAGUAUGCCUACUUUCAGCUGGGAAACAUCACGAAAGCAGCUGAGGCAGCAUUCACGUACGCCAUGUUCAAUCCGGACGACGAGGAUAUGUCCGCCAACCUCGAAACGUACAAGGAGAUGCCGGAGAUGAAGGACUUUGCACUGCGCCCGGGCCAAGAGCCCACGGCGAGGGUCCUGUACAACCUUGCUGCGAAAAGCUACCUGAAGGAGGAGUACGCCAAGACGAUCACCACCAUGACGGUUGCCAUCGCCGAGUUCUUCAACGAGUACCACGUUUGCCGCAGUCAGUGCGACACGGUGGCUGGUUUCAGGAGCGAGGAUGACGACGAAUCCAACGACGACGACAAGCACAGUUUCCUGGCCGUCUUGGUGCAGAUGCAUCGCAAACAGUUGACGUGCCGUCUCCAGUGCUGGAUAGACCUGGGCAAAGGCUAUGAUAAGUAUCAUCCGCUGGACGUGCUGCCAGAGACUCUCAACUACAUCCAGUUCUCCCAGAGCAAAGUUGAGAACAACGAGGGUGCUAUGCAGGCCGCUGUGGAUUACCUCACUCUGAAGCCACACGAUGCAGUCAUGAAGGGGAACAUCAAGUAUUACGAGUCGGUGGGCAUGAAGCGAAAGGACUUUGAACCGUCCGAGAACGUGCUCAUGGCAGCAUUGGAGGUCCGUAACGACAGAAAACUUCUCAAGAGACUGAGGGGUGGUUCUCGGAAAACGGAAGAGCAAGCUUUCCGCGAGGAGCUUGGAAUCGAUGAUGUCGUCGAAGACGAUGAUGUUGAAAACAUCUUCAAGGAUUUUUCGCACGUACAGCGCACGAAGAAGCAUCAAUCAGACUCAGAGACAUCGUCGUCAUCGCCGUUGCCGUCCACUACGACGACAGGAAGCGAGAAGGCUAAGCGCGCUAAGCACGGCGAAACCGGAUACUACACGAACACUAAGGCACAAGUUGUGUCCAGCAAAGAAGAGAUCAGAGCACGCUCAGCUAUCAGCCCUGUGGCUGCCGAUGAUGAGAUCUUUGAAGAGGAUGCCUCCAACGCAGCAGACAGUACGAGCGUGCCGAUCCCAGAAAGUGUCAGGGUUGUGGAAUCACCAGCUGAUCACCAGGGCUUGGCUAGAGUACUCAUCGAUGGUCUAGCAACCGAGGACCAGUGCAAGACUUUGCUGGAGCUUUCCAAGGAAGCUAAACCUGGGUCAGGAUAUGGUGGCCGAUCAUCACCACACACGGACAAAGAGUUCUUCGAGGGUCUGACAGUGUCCGAGGCUGCACAGGGUGCGGAGAGUGGAGCGUUCAACUUGUCCUCGGUGCUCCUCUAUCUGGACUUGGCGGAGAACUCGAGGAAGUACCUGGAGAGCUACUUCAAGCUGGACAACCUUUACUUUUCAUACUCGCACCUCGUGUGUAGGACAAGCCUCGUCAAGCCGGAAGAUAUUAAGGACGAGCUGGCCUUGAGUCAUCCAGUCCAUGCCGACAACUGUAUUCUCAAAGAGGAUGGUCGCUGUGUCAAGGAGUCUCCCGCGUACACAUGGAGGGAUUACAGUGCAAUUCUCUAUCUCAACGAUGACUUUGUCGGCGGCGAUUUCUUCUACGCGCAUCGCGGCAACCGAACAGUUCAGCACACUGUGCGGCCAGCGUGCGGACGACUGGUCGGAUUCGGAGCGGACGAGAGCAACCUUCACGGCGUGCUGCCACUGUUGUCAGGCCGACGAUGCGUUGUAGCCCUGUGGAUGACGCUGGAGGCUAACAAAGAUGAGGGCGAUCACGAUGCUACGAUUGCACGCCUGGAGAAGCUACGCCGGGCUAAAGUUGCUGCAGCCCGGCGCGAAGAGUUGUGAUGCCUUUACGGUGUGCUUGCAGUUUGCAGGUACUGUUAGGUAUGAGGUAGUGUUGUGGUGGUGGUCGGGAUCAAGUUGUCUCAUGAAUGUGAUCGUGGACAUCGGAAACUGGUACCGACGUGGGUCAAUCUGUAGCCGCUUGCAUUGGCUAAAGUGUGAUGUGGCGAGAUUUGCACUCCACCUGAGGCGUCCGGCGGCGGGUGUCACCGUGGAGAAUGAGCGAGUAUGCAUGCGCUGUGUGGAUGAGCGAGUAUGCAUAUGCUAUGUGGAGGAGCGAGUAUGCAUAUGAGAUUUGGAGGAGCGAGUAUGCAUAAUGCUGUAUGGAUCAGCGAGUAUGCGUAUGUAAUGUGGAUGAUCGAGUAUGCAUACACGGUGGGCUUCUCAAAGCAUCCGUGUGGUUAUCAGGUGUGUGCUGUCGACACGGGUAUGCGAUAUCACUACCGUGACUUUGGUUGUGCUAUGCCAAUGUCCACAUAGAUACUGGUAUUGAACCGCAUAUGGGCACUAUUGCUAUACAUAAUAAUGACAUUCCUGGCCUUUGGCUAACACAAAUCUACUGGCUAUGCUAUAGCUCACAGUCCGGCGGUGGCCUGUUGGAAGGUCAUUGGCAAAAUUCAAGUUAGCCAUUCUGCAAUGUCUCUGCCAUGAAUUCAGAUACUCCUAGCUGCCACUUCUUUACAAGGAGAAUUUUUGCUCUGCAAAAUCAUGAUGCUGGUAGAGAGUUGCCUUUAAGCUACUGCUUCUGCUGCUCAGUCUGUGGCUGGCCUUGAUUCACCAUCAUGCAUUCACCGAUUCCGAGUAUUUACGAAUUCAACCCAGAUCUAAAAUCGAAUCAAAAUAUCUAUGAUAACGAUAGCCUCCUGA